GUAUAUUUUCUUUUACGAAAAAUUGAUGACGGGUCCAACGUGUCAUUAUUUCUUAUUCAACAAUCGGGUGAAUGGUAAAAUCAUUUCGAGAGUCAAUAAGACCCCAACGACGUGUAUCGGAAUCUAAAAUAUCAAUAGCAUAGCGCAAAGAGUGCCCUCUAUGAGGGGAGGAGUUACGGUGUUAAUUGUACAAUAGUUAGCACCGUCCUAACCAAGGGAAAAACUACUACUAGUUUGAAUUAGUAGUGAUUUAGCUUAGAUGUUGUAUUGAUUUUAUAAUAAUCCAUAGUGAUUUCGUUAUUUUUAGUAGCAUUUUUUGCUAGUUAUCACGGUGGGUUAGCACCUAAUCCCAUCUCCUAAACAAUUAGCCAAGGAGUCUAACUCCUCUAUAAAUAAUGAUGAAGAUUGUUUUGAAAUGCUGAGGGAUGAAAAUUAAGUUAGAAUGAUUUAAAGAAAAUUAACAUUGUAAUCAAGAUAUAGAGUCAUUGAUAGAAAUUCAGUGCACCUAUACCUAUAAACGACACAUUAAGCAAAAUAUUAUCCCAUUUUACCUUUUUUAACCUACUCCAGAUUGGUUUGUUAGCUAUUAAAUAGUGGAGGAUUGAAUCUAACCCAUAAAAAUGGGUUGGUGAAUCUGUCUGUAUUCUUGUCUCAAUUGGAAUUUCGGAAAACUUGAUACAUAUAGCAAGCAUCAUAAUAACGCAUUAAUUUCAAAAUUACCCAUUCCAGCUCAGUAAUUUCCCAAAACAAUUCCCCCGUGAUUCUAGGGCAGGGAAAAUAGACAAGACUGUUAGAAAAUAGACAAAACAAUUUCCCAAAAUCGUGGUCCAAACCGUACCGUACAGUUUGGUCCAGACUGUAGACCGUUAAGUAUGGUUUGGUCUGGUCCAUGGUCGGUAUUAUUUUAUGUUUUGAUCUCUUGGUCUGGUCUGUUCUAGACCGUGGUUUACCGGACCGAACCGUGGACCCAACCGACUUGUCAAUAUAUGUUAACAGCCCAUUCGACCACUCUCCCAACUCUCACAACGACAUCCAGGUCUCAACCUUAGUUUUGUGAAUCUCGUCCCUCCUUCAUUCACAACCACAUUUAACCAGAGAGUAGAAAUAAUUGUGUCUCCAUAUGAAAUUUUGUAAAUGUUUAUGACGUUAUAGUGCAAGUUGGGAUGCUUUUACUUUGUAUCUUUGUUAUGUACUAAGAUUAAGGGUAUCAAAAUUAUUCAUGCAUGUUAGGAUGAAUGUUUUAAGGCAAAUAACAAUUAUUUUUCUUGGUUAUUGGUUUAAUUUUUUGUGUGGUUAAUAAACAAAUUAUUCAUUUUUCGUUAAGUAUGGUCUACCUGAAUAAAAACAAACCAGACGUGAUCUAGACCGGACCGUAUAAUCUAUGGUCUAUACUUCAGCCUCUUAGUCUCUACCAUAGACCAUAUAUGCUCACCGUUUCCCAGCCCUAGAAUUAGUAAUUCCAUCUAAAUGAAACCCGCCACCUAAAAAAAAAUGUCUGGUCAACUUCAGGAAACAAAUCCCGCUCACGUGGCAACCGAAUCUUUCAAUUUCCCCCUCGUGAUUCCCUGCAUAAAAACCGAAUCCUGAAUCUGAGAACUCAUUGAAUCUCGCUUACUCCAACAGCUCCCCCUCCUCUCCUCAUCUUUUCUCUCUCUCUCAGAGCCAUGGCAGAAACAGAGACGGCCUUCGCCGUCGCCGGCGACGAGGAGCAGAAAUGCGUCGUCCCGCAGGUGGAAGUGACGGUGCCGAAAACCGACGACCCGACACUCCCCGUGAUGACGUUCCGGAUGUGGGUUUUGGGCCUGGCCUCCUGCGUGAUCCUCUCCUUCGCGAACCAGUUCUUCUGGUACCGGACCCAGCCCAUGUCCAUCUCCGCCAUCUCGGCCCAAAUCGCCGUUGUCCCCUUAGGCCACCUCCUGGCCAAGACUCUCCCGACACGUGUCUUCUUCGCCGGGACAAGGUGGGCCUUCACCAUGAACCCGGGCCCGUUCAAUGUCAAAGAACACGUCCUCAUCACCAUCUUCGCCAACGCCGGCGCCGGCACCGUCUACGCUACCCACAUCUUGAGUGCCGUCAAGCUGUAUUACAAACGGCAGAUGACCUUCGUUCCUGCCAUGUUGGUCAUGAUCACCACUCAGGUGCUAGGAUUCGGCUGGGCAGGACUUUUCCGGCGUUACCUCGUGGAGGCAGAGGAAAUGUGGUGGCCAAGCAUCUUAGUCCAAGUCUCUCUUUUCAGAGCACUCCACGAAAGCGGGAAGAGACCGAAAUCCGGUCUAACCCGAACCCAAUUCUUCCUCAUCGUCCUGACCACCAGCUUCUCCUACUACAUCUUCCCAGGCUACCUCUUCACCAUGCUCACCUCCUUCUCCUGGGUCUGCUGGAUGUUCCCCAACUCGGUCCUCGGCCAGCAGCUCGGUUCCGGUUUAAAAGGGCUCGGGAUCGGUUCGUUCGGGCUCGACUGGUCCACCAUCUCGUCCUACCUGGGCAGCCCGCUGGCCAGCCCGUGGUUCGCAACCGCCAAUGUGGCGGUCGGGUUCGUCCUGGUCAUGUACGUGAUGACCCCGCUCACUUACUGGUCCGACACUUACAAGGCCAAGACGUUUCCGAUCUACUCCAGCAACCUGUAUCGCUUCAACGGGUCUCGAUACGACAUCCUGAGCAUCGUCGAUUCGAGGUUCCAGCUCGAUCGGGGUGUUUACUCGCAGCUCGGUCGUGUCAAUCUGAGCACGUUCUUCGCCAUGACGUAUGGAAUUGGGUUUGCUACUCUGUCUGCUACGGUUGUUCAUGUCCUGCUGUUUAACGGGAGGGAUCUGGUGAGGCAGAGCAGGAGGGCGUUCGGGGACAGGAAGAUGGAUGUGCACACUCGGCUGAUGAAGAGGUACAAGCAGGUUCCGGUUUGGUGGUUUGUGGCGAUUCUGGUGGUGAACAUUGCUGUGAUUCUGUUCGCAUGUGAGUAUUACAAUGCGACUCUGCAGCUGAAGUGGUGGGGAGUUCUUCUAGCUUGUGCCGUCGCCAUUUUCUUCACCCUGCCCAUUGGUAUCAUCAAUGCCACCACCAACCAGCAACCGGGUUUGAACAUAAUCACAGAGUACAUAAUCGGGUACGCAUACCCAGAGCGUCCCGUCGCCAACAUCUGCUUCAAGGUCUACGGCUACAUCAGCAUGGCACAAGCCUUAACCUUCUUGAGCGACUUCAAGCUGGGUCACUACAUGAAGAUCCCGCCUCGAUCCAUGUUCGUCGUCCAAGUAGUCGGCACAAUCGUCGCCGUGAUGGUCUACUUAGGCACCGCAUGGUGGAUGAUGGAAUCGAUCCCCAACCUCUGCGACCAGGACAAGCUCCCCGCCGACAGCCCCUGGAUGUGCCCGAUGGACAAGGUUUUCUUCGACGCCUCCGUGAUUUGGGGGCUGGUCGGCCCGAGGAGGAUCUUCGGCGAUUUGGGUGAGUACGGGAACGUCAAUUGGUUCUUCGGAGGUGGAGCUCUGGCGACGGCUCUCGUCUGGCUAGCGUACAAGGCCUUUCCGUCACAGACGUGGAUUCGGUACGUUAAUAUGCCGGUGCUGUUGGGGGCUACCUCCGUGAUGCCGCCGGCAUCGGCGGUGAAUUAUACGAGCUGGAUCGCGGUCGGGUUCGUGUCGGGUUUUGUGAUCUACAGGUGGCGCCCGAAGCUGUGGAAUCGGUACAAUUAUGUGUGCUCUGGCGGGCUGGAUGCCGGGACGGCGUUUAUGACGAUUAUGAUCUUCUUCUGCCUGCAGAAUCGGAAUGUGGCGGUUGAUUGGUGGGGGACGAGGCCCGACGGCUGUCCACUGGCGAGCUGUCCGACGGCGAAAGGGGUUUACGUCGAUGGGUGUCCGGCUGCUUGAUCUGUCGCCGGCGACGUCAUAUGGUGUUGUCUUUGAUAGGAAGUUAGGAGGGUUGGUUUGUGAUGUGAACAGUGUAUAAUUUCGUAUCAUCGAAUAAUAAUGGACAUGAUUAUUUCCCUAAAUGCUAGUAAAAAUUGAAAGUAAUUCCCAUAAUACAUCACUUUUAUAAAUACUUCCCAAACUACGAAAGUUUGAACAGGUUCGAGUUUAAUAAACUCAAACCAGUACCAGAUCGAUCCACGUGCAUCGAGCCAUGUCACUGCCAUUUUUCUUUUGACCGUUAACUUGGACGGUCAAACGCGUUGACUAACGGUCAACGCGCCAUGUCACUGCCAACUCAGCAAAUUUCAAUUUUUUUUUAACUUACACCUAUUUCAACUAAUUCUCAAAACUUAGGCCAAAUGUAAUCAUUUCUCAACUUUUCUCUGAGUUUUUUGUCUAUCCAAAUAUGGUGUAAGGGAUCGUAUAUAGUCGUCGUCGUCUCUUCCGAAACGCCGAAAACCAACAAAAUGAGCAUAUCUUAUUCUUCACUCCCACCAACUUUCAGAGUAUCUCCAGCGAAAACCCCAUCCUGCUUGCCGCUAUUCUAAACCUGACAAAGAUGAUCAAACGAUAAUAAUGAGAGGAAGCCCAUGAUCACGUAAUUAUAUGGACGGUGACUGUCCAUAUAUUAUAAAACUCCCGACCAUCACGACCGGCCGGUGGCGAACUACCAAUAAUAAUUAGUUGGCGAUGAUCCAUUGAUCUUGAUAGAAGAUUAUACGUACCAAGCUAGAAGAUCGUCCGAUGAUGCUAGUAAUUAACUGAUCGGUGUGACGAAGUGUAUAUGGGAAAUGGGGAAAAGCAUACAAGAGUGAUAUUGAUUCGGCUCGUCUUCCCCGCAACCGGCCGGCGAUCGGUCGUACUGCCGGCCGGCGGGGGUGAGGGAGAUGAGCCGGACCAAUAUCACGCCAUGUCUACUUCCUCCGAUGAGCCGACUCGUCAGUUUUUUUUUCCCCUCUUUUUCUUUCCGUUAGGUGGUGAGUAGAGUGGGUUCUCUGAGGCCUAUAAAUAGCACUAAAAGAAGGAUUCGUAUUUCCUCUAUGAUAAGUUUGUUUUUGUCAUGUAUUUACGAGAACUGUAAUUCGCAACAAUAUUUAAGUGUAAGGUAUCAAAAUGAUGCUACAUUUUCAAUGUUUUAGAAGACCAAGGGAUUGAAAUAGGAAGUCACGAAUCCUUCGAGUUUUUAAUGUUCACAAUUAGAUGGACCGCUAAUUAAUAUUUAAUACACAAAUGCAAAGUGAUUCUUCACAAUUUCGAUUGAUAGGACCUUUUUUACCCAAUGAGCAACCAACCAUCCUUUCAUCAUAGCAUAAGCAAAUAAGCAAAAGCUACUUUAUAGUUUAUACCAUCACACGCGAGCAUGACUCAACACAAAGGACGUCAUAUAUGUAUAUAUAUGCUAAUGAUAUAUGUUUGUUGGAGAGUGAUAUAAGAUGUAUGCGAUUAGCGUUUUUUAAAAUAAUUCAAACUGUUUAGAUUAAUUGGUUUAUUACAUGGUAUAUCAAAUCUGGUUUGACAAGGUGGUCAUUUGUCCAAAGCACAAGGUAUGUAUGAUUGACUUAUGCAUAUACUUCAAACAUGUGAGUUGAUCUUUGUUUGAAGGGACGUAUUAGAGAGUGAUAUAAGAUCUAUAAUUAAUAUAUUCUCCUAAUAAUUCAAGUUACUCGGA